CACUCUUUCUCAUCUUCAUUCAAUCUUCAUUCAAUCCCUUUUUUUUCCAUCAUGAACUCCAGAGAAACUUAUCUUCUCCUAAUGUCAGCCAUUCUUGCAGCUCUGAUUUCCAUCAACUUAGAUUUCACUGCCUACACAUCACCAAAUUCCAUAUUAUCAAUGUUAACAUGCAGAAAUCCUAUCUCAAGACGUCAUCAUCGACAUCAUGAUUUCAUUCCAAAAGUUAAUAUCUGCGAUGAUUUUCCACCGGACAUUCCCCCACCGGAGACUAACACGACGGUCACACUCUGCGUCGAUCACAAUGGUUGCUGCAACUUCACUAAGGUUCAGUCUGCUGUGGAUGCAGUCACUGAUUUCAAUCAGAAAAGAACAGUUAUUUGGAUCAACAAAGGCAUUUACUAUGAAAAGGUUAUGAUUCCGAGGACUAAAACCAACAUCACAUUUCAAGGACAAGGACUGGAUUCAACUGCAAUUGUAUGGAAUGACACAGCAAAUUCAGCUCAUGGUACAUUCUUCAGUGCAUCUGUCACAAUCUAUGGGCCUAAUUUCAUUGCUAAGAACAUCAGUUUCAUGAAUGUAGCUCCGAUGCCGAAGCCGGGGGACGUUGGAGCUCAAGCAGUGGCGAUAAGAGUCGGCGGUGAUCAAGCCGCCUUUUGGGGUUGUGGGUUCUUUGGAGCACAAGACACUCUUCAUGAUGACCGUGGCCGGCAUUACUUCAAAGAAUGCUUUAUCCAAGGAUCCAUAGAUUUCAUUUUCGGCGACGGAUUGUCUUUAUACGAAAAUUGCCAAUUGAUAUCGAUAGCUAGUCCAGUGGCACCGGGGUUGAAAACCAUUAAUGGAGCAGUGACGGCACAUGGAAGAGUGACUGCUGACGAAAACACCGGGUUCGCUUUCGUGAAUUGUAUGAUAGGAGGAACUGGAAGGAUAUGGUUGGGUAGAGCUUGGAGACCGUAUUCUCGUGUUAUCUAUGCAUACACUACCAUGACUGAUAUUAUCGCUCCUGAAGGAUGGAAUGAUUUUAAUGAUCCGACAAGAGAUCAGACUAUUUUUUAUGGAGAAUAUAAGUGUAGUGGAAGUGGAGCAAAUGUGACACUGAGAGCCCCUUAUGUGAAGAAGCUCAAUGAUACAGAGGCUGCUCCAUUUUUGACCACAUCUUUCAUUGAGGGACUCCAAUGGCUUCAGCCAUUCUCCUCUUAAUUGAUUUAUUUUUAUGUCCAUGUUUUAAUUCAAUUCUUUCAUUUAUUGUUCUUCAUUCAUGGACACAAUUAAUUUGAUUUCAAUAAAACAUUAAUUAAUGAGCAGCAGUAAAAAUCAAUAAUUUGAUUGUAGUUGUGAAAAAUAAUUGGGUGUCUAUUUCAGUUUGAUAGGCAUCCAAUUGAUUUAACACGUCUGAUUAAACAAAUGCAGUCUGAAUACAUAGUAAGUAGUUAAAGAGAUAAAUCAAGUGAAAGUGAAAGAGAAAAAGUUAAUGUAAGAGAGAGAAAGAGAAAGAGUUUUAAGGUUCUAGAAAAGGAAUCAACAAUCUAUCAAGCUUAAGUAAUGAGAGAAAAGGAAUCUGAUCCUAAUUAGCUGAACUUCUCAAUAAGGACAAAGGAAACAACUCGGACGCUGCCGAAAGUUAAGAGGAGAGAAAAGA